GAAGCCGCUCUGUCUACACUCCUGUUACUCGGACACUGAAGCCAGAGAGGACUCCAGCAGCAAAAGGUGACCAAGGAGCCUCCGGGAUGUCUGAGCUGGAGAAGGCCAUGGUGGCCCUCAUUGACAUCUUCCAUCAGUAUUCCGGAAGAGAGGGUGACAAGCACAAGCUGAAGAAAUCAGAACUGAAGGAGCUCAUCAACAAUGAACUCUCUCACUUCUUGGAGGAAAUCAAAGAGCAGGAAGUGGUGGACAAAGUGAUGGAGACGCUGGACGAAGAUGGGGAUGGGGAGUGUGACUUCCAGGAGUUUAUGGUGUUCAUCUCCACGGUGACCACAGCCUGCCAUGAGUUCUUUGAACAUGAGUGAGACAAAAAAGAAAAAAAAAAUAGCUGAGCCGCUGCGGCAGACGUGAGGGUCCUAAGAGGAGGCUCAGCAAAGGCUCGUGGGCUUGAAGUACCGGAGCUUUCUAGACACCCGUAACUAAUUAGGAAGCUUGGUUUGCUUGGGGAAUGAAACCCUGACCCCCUCCCAUAGGGCUGCUUUAAGUUAGUGCAUCAUGAUUUCUGCUCCGCUAGGCAUUCCUGUGAGCUGACUGGUCCCGGGAACUGUUGGUAAGGGUCACUUAGGAGACGAAAUCAACGCUCUGCAGGUACAGCACGUGUUGCUGGCCACCAUGUCCCUGCAGAAGGGUCACCCGUAAGAAGCAAGGCAGACUACCAGCGGCAGUUCUGUUGGAUAGUUUUCUUAGGUGUAUGCUUCCCGUACAUCUACAGACCCACAGCUGGAUCCGUUGCCACCCAAAGAGGCUGCUCGUCUGUACAUCUGCGCAGAUGGCACCCCAGAAAGUAGACAGACUGAUCACCUACACCCUGCCCCAGCCCAAAAGGAGAACCGCCACGUUUGAGUCUCUUCUUCCACAGUGUGCAGUGAUUCAUGACUAAGUAAAUACUUAAUGCCAACAGUUCUAACCGGGAAAACAAUUAGAUCUCACAAACUAAGUAUGACCAUUCUAACUUAGGACCGAGAAUCAAAAAUUCUGCUCGGUAGACUUCUCCUUUGAGAAUGACACCAUUGUUCCCGGAGGACACAGACAGAGGAGGGGAAUGGCCAGACUGUCGGGUCUUUUUCUAGUUAGUUGUAUCUUCCUCUCUCCCUCUCCUGUCUAUAAAGUGAGUGACCGUGAGGCUAAGAUUCGCAGGAUAGGCUGCCAGGGAAUGAAGGGCCUCUGAGGUGUGUCCUUUAGCUGCUGGGAAUCAUGUCUGACCUGUUGGUGCCAAGGGCCUGCUUGACACUUAGUGAGGCUGAGAGUGGAGGAUUGUGGGAAGCUGAACUUGAUGCUUGGACUUGAUGCUGUCUAACCUGCAUAUUUAAAUAGCGAAGGUUCAAAUAAUCCAAGUUAUGGAUAAAUAAAAAUCGCAUUGCAAAUAUUAAAAAGUCAUUCUAGGAGAAUUCUAA